CUCCCGGAUCUUCGCUGUUCUUCCCAGCCGCCGCAGGCAGCCUCGGCUAGGUGGCGAGUGGAGCCAUGUCGGCGCUGCUGGAGCUCUUGCCCGAGGUGCGGGACACCUGCACUUCGCUGGGCCUGAUGCUGUCGAUCGUGCUGUUGGCGGGGCUGACCCGCGUGGUCGCCCGGCAGCAGCGGCACAACCCCAUGGUGCAUGGCUUUGUCUUGGAGUUUGUAGCCACCUUGCAGCUCUGCUGCUGCACCCACGAACUGCAACUGCUGAGCCAGCAGGACCCCGCACACCCCACCUGGACGCUAACGCUCGUUUACUUCUUCUCGUUGGUGCACGGCCUGACUCUGGUGGGCACCUCCAGCAACCCGUGCGGCGUGAUGAUGCAGAUGCUACUAGGGGGGAUGUCUCCCGAGGUGGGUGCGGUGAGGUUGCUGGCCCAACUGAUGAGUGCCCUAGCCAGCAGGUACUGCAUAAGCGCCCUGUGGAGCCUGGGUCUGGCCAGGUAUCACUUCGACGAGAGAAGCUUGGCUUGCAAGCAUCCCAUCCACGUGGACUUGCCCAAGGCGGUGGUAACAGAAGCCCUCUGCUCCUUUAUCUUCCACAGCGCUCUGCUGCACUUCCACGAAGUCCGGACUAAACUCCGUAUCCACCUGCUGGCCGCGCUCAUCACCUUUCUGGUGUUUGCAGGAGGAAGUCUUACGGGAGCAGUAUUUAAUCCAGCUUUGGCACUUUCACUGCACUUCCCAUGUUUUGAUGAAGCAUUCUCUCAAUUUUUUAUAGUAUACUGCCUGGCUCCUUCUUUAGGUAUAUUGUUAAUGAUUUUGAUGUUCAGUUUUUUCCUUCCAUGGCUGCACAACAACCAAACAACUAACAAAAAGGAUUAACUGCUUUCAAAGGCAGAGACAAGGUUACAUGACAGUCCACAGGUGAUUUUUUUCACCUCAUUUUCAAAGCUGCACUGGAUUCAUUGAUGUUAACUUCCUUUGAGGAAGCUGUCUUAGUUUUCAUCACUGGGAUUUAAAAAAAUUACUGUGAAAAUGAAGUAUCCUGUAUCUCUUAGUU